AGAAGAUCGAAAAGUGAGUAAAAGGGAAUGUGCGGGCAGAGUGGGAAGCGAGAAGCCCUUAGCGUCUUGGCACCGUCGGCUGGCGCUAAAGUGCAGAGCCGCGUCUAAGUCACGACACCCGCAGAGCUUCAGGAAGUUUGAGCGGGUGAGCUCGUGCCAGCAAGUCCUCAACCUUCUUGACGGGCGCGCAAGCUCAAAGUGAACGUUUAGUAGGAGAUUUCUUCUACUACUUCACGCAUAUUCUUUGGUUUAUAUCAAGCCGCAUUCGUGCGCAUCUUUUAGGCAAAAUGGCUGCCAACAAGCAGGGCAAGAUGCAAAACCUCAUCAACUAUCGGAUGAGAGUUACCCUUAACGAUGGCCGACAGAUGACCGGACAAAUGCUCGCAUUUGAUAAGCACAUGAACCUCGUCCUCGCCGAUACAGAAGAAUUCCGCCGCGUCAAGCGGAAGUCCAAGCCAGCUGCUGGACCGGCUAACGCUCCCCUCGUGGAAUCGGAAGAGAAGCGAACCCUCGGUCUUACGAUUGUGCGCGGUACCCACGUCGUCUCUUGCUCUGUUGAUGGACCACCCCCCGCAGACCCCUCUGCACGACUUGGAACAAGCGUCCCAGGCGCAGCUGCUGCCGCUGCAACUCUCGCCGCCGGUCCUGGAAUCAGCAAACCCGCUGGACGUGGUCUACCUGUUGGACUCGGAGGCCCUGCUGCCGGUGUUGGAGGACCCCCGCCUCCUCCUGGCGGCUUCCCUGGUUUCCCCCCUGGUGGUUUCCCAGGAGCGCCGCCACCGGGAUUCGCUGGCCGUGGAGCGCCUCCGGGAGGACCUCGUAAGUUUCAUUGGCGCUGAGAUAUGCUUGGAAGGGGACAGAUUACUGACUUUCAACUAGCUGGUUUCGCUCCUCCCCCAGGAUUUGCUCCCCAGGGUGGACCUCGUAAGUGACUGGCUUGGGUUCAUACGUCAUACGUCAUAGGCUAACUGGUAUUGUUCAGCGGCCGGGUUCCAACCUCCUCCAGGAUUUCAGCCUCCGGGCCAAGGACGUGGAUUCCCUCCACCAGGAUUUGGGGGACGGUGAAGCUCGUAUGUCGAGCGGCAAAACCGCUUACAAUAUUCCGACCCCAAGUGAAACCUGGCGGCCUACUAGUGUUGGGAUAAGAAAUACGCAUCCUAUUCAUAUACAUGUUCGAUGAUUAGGCAUAGCACACCGAGUUUUACCAGGCAAAGGCGUUGCGGCGUGUGCGGAUGCAGGGAAUGCCCGAGUGAUAGCAAAGGUCGACCUGAGAAAAAAAAA